GGCAAGUAAAGCUGGGUGGGGCUGGUUGUGUGUUCUCCCCACUUCAACUCAUCAGCCAAGUCGAUCCAUCUUCAUCCAACAUCCUCCGCAAAACAUCCCAAGUUCCAACUAAUACAAUUACGCCGCUCUUUUGCUAAUCAAGAGAAUCCCGACUUUAUAAACGAGAGAAUAUCCAUACGUACAGCAAGCAAGAGGCCACAAUGUACGCGCACACCCCGCCUGCGCCACCCCCCAAACCGCCCGGGACUCAUGAUGUAAGCCGCAUGAGCACACCCGCCGGCGGGCCAGCACCACCACCCCCACCACUCCCGGAGGCCAUCACGGCCGGCCUCAUCGCCGCCGGCACACCCGGCUCCGGGGCGGAAUACCACAACCCCCAGGACAUGGAAACGGCCGACCCCGGCGACCAAUGGCUGCCCAAGUUCCUCGAAGACAAAUCCAAAAACGACCUCGCCCUCAUCCUCUCCAACCCCACCCUCCUAACCUCCCUAACCCACGCCCCGCAAACCAUGCACCCCUCCCUGCAACGCUCCCACACCGCCCUCACCACCACCCUCACCCAAAACAUGUCCCUGGCCUCCCACCUCCUCGACCUCGAAUCCCACCUCGCCCACCAGCGCGCGAGCGCCCAGGCCCAGCUGCUCGCCACGCACGCGCUGGAGCGCCAGUGGCGCGCCCGCCAGGCCGACAUGGACCAUGCCCUGGCGCGGUUCGCGCCGGCGAGUCUGUACCAGCGGUUGGCUGGGGGGGUGGCGGAGCAGGAGGGGGUUUGUGGGGCGUUGGAGGAGAGUUUUUUGGAUGGUGAGAGUGGUGGUUGGGGCGGGGGUGGGGGGGAUGGGAAUGGGGAUGGGGGGGUUUUGGCGACGGAGAGGGAGGUGGCGGAGUGGGUGAGGCGGUAUAGGGAGGCGAAGAAGUUGUUUUACUUGAGGCAGGAGAGGCGGGAGAGGUGGGAUGAGGGGCGGGUUGGGGGGUGGCGGUGA